AUGAAUCUUCCAAUCUCAAUGGACUUUCUAUCAACUCCUCUCCUAUCAACAACCACCACCAGUAGCAGCAGCAAUACAAGCAGCGACGCCGACGAAAGUCCGGCGACAUCCCACCGCUUCAUUCCCUACAACCUCCCCAAAACACCUUCCUCCUGCUCCUCAUACCGAUCUCUCUCCAUCCUAACCGGCCAUGACGGAUCAGUUUCAUCCCUAGCUAUAUGCGGUGAAUUCAUCCUCAGUGCCUCCCAUGGAAAAGACAUUAUUGUAUGGCAACAGCCGGACCUCCGCCAGUUCACCAAGUUCGGACAAGGCGAUGGCUCCGUCAAGGCGUUGGUAACCGCCGGAAACAAGGUCUUCACAGCCCAUCAAGAUUCAAGGAUUAGAGUAUGGAAAGUUUCAAGAAGUUCUGAAAACAUAUUCAGACUUGUUGACACUCUUCCAACCACGAAGGAUUACUUAGGAAAAUUCAUGAAACAAAGUAAUUAUGUUCAAACAAGACGGCAUCAUAAGCGGUUAUGGAUCGAACAUGCUGAUAGUAUAUCAUGUUUAUCGGUUCAUGAUGGGUUGAUUUACUCGGGUUCUUGGGAUAAAACUUUGAAGGUGUGGAGGAUCUCCGACUUAAAGUGUUUGGAAUCGAUAAAAGCGCAUGAUGACGCUAUAAAUUCUUUAAUCUCCAGCAAAGGGAUUGUGUACUCAGCUUCUGCCGAUGGGAAGAUCAAAGCAUGGGGAAGAACAGAACCCAAGAGUUCACAUUCAUUAAAGGGUAUCUUGGAGGGUCAUAAGGACAUAUCCAUAAACUCGGUGGUGGUUUCCGACGAUGGCACGGUGGUUUACGGCGGUGGGUCAGAUGGGUAUAUAAUGGGGUGGUUAGGGAGCAAAGAUUUCAAUACUUGGAAGUCCGUAUGUGAGGUGAAAGCACAUAACAUGGCCAUUCUGUGUAUGUGCAUAAAAGGUGAGAUAUUGUGUAGUGGUUCAACCGAUAAAAGUAUAUGUAUAUGGAAAAGAGAAAUCAAAGGGUUGACCAAGAUUGGUGUGGUCAAAGGGCAUGGAGGUCCAAUUAAAUGUUUACAAGCUUCACCAAACAGUGUUGGUAGCGGGUUUUUGCUCUAUAGUGGUAGUCUCGACAAGAGUAUAAGAGUUUGGUGGAUUCCAUAUUAUCAGGAUGGAGUUAAGACAGAUGAUUCCAACUCGUCGGUUCAAAGUACGAGGAUGAUCAAAUCGGUCUAA